CAUUAAAAUAAUGUUUUAUAGUUAAUAUUCACAUUUAUAUUUGAAGCUCCAAUGGAAGCUAAUGAAUGUAUUGACGAGAAUUUGCAUGAGAUUUCCUUGGCUGCCUUUGAUAAAGUAUUUAUUCGAAUUCUAUAAAACACGGUUGUUACUCCAGUAAUUUGAUUAUGGUUUGGGGAUGCAGUUUUGAAUUUUCCUGAAUAGGGGCAGGAAUCAGGGCCUCAGCAGAGUUAAAACUACUUUGUCUUUGCACUGUCAUCUUUUUGCAGCUCCAGUUUGCAUCGGAAACGUAUUGCAACUUCCUAUUUUGAAAUUACCGGUUUUAGUAAUCAGUCAGUUUGAAAGCAGUCAGUUCCCCUAAUCAAAUCUUUUAAAAAAAAUAAUGACCGCAUUAUAAGAUUCCAUCGCGGGGGACAUCCACUAGCCAUUCCUAGAAUAACUGAAACGUAUCUAACAACUUUUCAUGAUGAUCAGAGGUUAAGAACAACGUAGUGUGUGUAAAGGCAAGCCUGGAGCCGAAAUGACUUUCCUUCCCCUACCCCCUCCCUUAACUCCAGCCAUACUCCGCCUCUUUUAAACCCUUCAAACUCAGCUGGGCAUUAAUAAUCGCCGGCGCCUGGCACCGUCCGGAUGAGAAGCUGAACGGAGGAGGGCGGGACAGGUGCUGCCGCCAGUCUUGUUCCGAGAACCGUUUUUAGAAGCAAAGUUCUAGCCGGCGACCGAUUUCGCUAAGCGACAGACGCGCUCCCUGAGGCUUCGGAAGCUCAGCUCCAAGUAGCAGCUGGGCUGGGCAGCGGGAGAAAGGCACCGCCUAGCGUGCCGCCGUUCUUUCCCUCCCUCCCUAGACUUUCAGCUACACGCCGGAAAAGUUGCUUUUUGCCCUCCUCGGCCGCCCCUCUCGCUUGGCGUUCUGCAGCCUUAGAAAAAGACUCGAGGCAGACAGGCGGGCGCGCGAGGUUCGGCAUCCCGCCGCGCGCCUCGACCCCUGUAGCACCGGCUACCAGACCCCAUGGAAAACCACGUGAUCAGCGGCAAGCAGCCGGGACUUAGCGGGGAGGCCGAGCGGGUCAGCACUCCAAACGGCACCGAAGCAUUUGUGACUUGCGAAGGGACCCCGGGCAUCGUUGCUGACUGCGGCGGAGAGGCAAGCAACAGCCCACUCAUGCGCCCGCGAUCGCUCCGAGCCGUGUAUGUGGUCAACGAGAAUCCGAAAGGAAGUUCUGGGGCGCGGAGUCCCGAAGUUGAGGCGUUGCUGUGCUUAGUGCGAGCUUGUGAGGCCGCCGGAGCACAGCUGACCACCGUCAACUUCGGAGAGCUGGACUUCGGCGAAACGGCUGUGCUGGACAUCUUCUACGACGCGGAUGUUGCAGUUGUGGAUAUGAGUGAUUUUUCCAGACAACCCUCCCUCUUCUACCACCUUGGGGUACGUGAAAGCUUUGACAUGGCCAAUAAUGUUAUACUUUACCAUGAUAUGGAUGCUGAUACUGCUCAGUCACUGAAGGACAUGGUAUCUCAGAAAAACACAGCUUCAAGUGGCAACUAUCAUUUCAUUCCAUACACUGUAUCAUCAUGUGAUAAUUGUUUUUGUUGUGAAAGUGAUGUCCAGCGGAGAGUAUCUGAGUACAUCCAACCUAAUUGGGAUACCAUCUUAGGACCACUCUGUGUUCCACUAAUGGACAAGUUUAUCAGCCUUCUCAAGGAUAUCCAUAUCACUUCCUGUACGCAUUAUAAGGAAAGUCUGUUAAAUGACAUCAGAAAAGCUAGAGAUAAAUAUCAAGGAGAAGAACUUGCAAAAGAACUGGCUAGGAUUAAACUUCGUAUGGAUAAUACUGAAGUCCUGACUUCUGACAUUGUGAUCAAUUUACUCCUAUCCUAUAGAGAUAUCCAGGAUUAUGAUGCUAUGGUGAAACUAGUGGAAACAUUGGAAAUGCUCCCAACUUGUGAUUUGGCAGAUCAGCACAAUAUCAAAUUUCACUAUGCCUUUGCACUGAAUAGAAGGAAUAUCAUGGGUGACCGGGAAAAGGCACUGCAAGUGAUGCUCCAGGUCUUACAGACAUGUGAUCAUCCAGCACCAGAUAUGUUUUGCCUAUGUGGGAGAAUUUAUAAAGACAUAUUCCUUGAUUCGGACUAUAAAGACAAUAGUAGUCGAGACAAAGCCAUUGAAUGGUAUCGUAAAGGGUUUGAGCUCCAGUCAACUCUAUAUUCUGGAAUUAACCUUGCAGUCUUGCUGAUUGUUUCAGGGCAGCAAUUUGAAACUUCCAUGGAACUGAGGAAAAUAGGAGUACGGUUAAAUAGUUUAUUGGGAAGAAAAGGGAAUCUGGAAAAAAUGAAUAAUUACUGGGAUGUUGGACAGUUUUUCACCGUAAGCAUGUUGGCCAGUGACAUUGGUAAAGCUGUCCAAGCAGCAGAGAAACUUUUCAAAUUGAAACCACCCAUUUGGUACUUAAAAUCCUUGGUACAAAAUCUGAUAUUAAUUCAGCACUUCAAGAAAACGACCAUAGAACAUUCUUUGAGGCAAGAAAGACUGAACUUCUGGUUGGAUAUAAUUUUUGAGGCAACCCAAGAAAAAACAAAUGGAUUAAGAUUUCCAGUAUUAGUGAUAGAGCCAACCAAGAUAUAUCAACCUGCAUAUGUUUCAAUAAAUAAUGAAGCUGAUGAGAGGACAGUUUCUCUUUGGCAUGUGUCCCCUGCAGAAAUGAAACGAAUUCAUGAAUGGAAUUUUACAGCUUCUUCUAUUAGAGGAAUAAGCAUAUCUAAAUUUGAUGAACGAUGCUGUUUCCUCUAUGUGCAUGACAACUCUGAUGACUUUCAAAUCUAUUUUUCUACAGAGUGUCAAUGUAGUAGAUUCUGUGCUUUGGUUAAGGAGAUUUUAAGUGAUGCUGUAGGAAAUACCCUGGAACUUGAAGGCGAGAUCGAUGGUGAUACAUUGGAAUAUGAAUAUGACUAUGGUGAGAAUGGAGAUAGAGUUAUGUUAGGGAAAGGAACCUAUGGAAUAGUUUAUGCUGGAAGAGAUCUAAGCAAUCAAGUUCGAAUAGCCAUCAAAGAAGUACCAGAAAAAGACAGCAGAUAUUCUCAGCAACUGCAUGAAGAAAUUGCUCUUCACAAAUAUCUAACACACCGAAAUAUUGUUCAGUAUCUUGGUUCUGUUUCUGAAGAUGGAUAUAUUAAAAUCUUCAUGGAACAAGUGCCUGGUGGAAGUCUUUCUGCACUCCUUAGAUCAAAAUGGGGACCAAUGAAAGAACCCACCAUUAAGUUUUAUGCCAAGCAAAUACUAGAAGGUUUGAAAUAUCUCCAUGAGAAUCAGAUUGUACACAGAGACAUAAAAGGAGACAAUGUUUUAAUUAAUACGUACAGUGGAGUAGUAAAGAUUUCUGAUUUUGGAACUUCUAAACGCCUUGCAGGAGUCAAUCCAUGUACAGAAACAUUUACAGGUACUUUGCAGUAUAUGGCUCCAGAGAUUAUUGAUAAGGGCCCUCGAGGAUAUGGGGCACCAGCUGAUAUUUGGUCCCUGGGAUGUACUAUCAUUGAAAUGUCAACAGGAAGGGCUCCAUUUCAUGAACUUGGAGAGCCACAAGCAGCAAUGUUCAAAGUUGGGAUGUUCAAAAUUCACCCUGAAAUCCCUGAAUCACUUUCUGCUGAAGCUAAAGCUUUUAUCUUACUCUGCUUUGAACCUGAUCCAAAUAAACGUGUUACCGCAUCUGAUUUAUUGAAAGACUCGUUCUUAAAGCAAGUGAACAAAGGCAAGAAAAGUAGAAUUGCAUUCAAACCUUCAGAUUAUAAUCGGAGUGCUUCUCUGCCUCUGCCAGUCCACGGGGAGCAGGUUAGCAGUAGUAGCAGUGAGCCUGGGUCUGUCUCGCCAGAUUGUGAUGUGCAAUCUGACAUGUUAUUUGAAAAAGCCAAGCGUUCUCUUUCUGAAAUUCAAUCAAAGAGCCCCCUUUCCCAUUUAUUAAGUGUUCCUGAUGACAGCUCAAUUCCAGAUGAGCGAAAUUCCUCUCCUUCCUUUGAGGAAAAGGAUUCUAGUCUUUUCUUACUAAGGAAGGACAGUGAACGUCGUGCAAUUCUUUAUAAAAUACUUAAGGAUGAGCAGAAUCAAGUAGCUUCUAAUCUACAAGAUUGUGUAGCACAGAGUUCUGAAGAGCUGCGUCUUUCAGUUGCUCACAUUAAGCAGAUAAUUGGGAUUUUAAGAGAUUUCAUACACUCUCCUGAACACAGAAUUAUGGCAUCAACUAUAUCAAAGUUGAAAAUGGAUCUUGAUUUUGACAAUACUUCAAUCAAUCAGAUUCAAUUAGUAUUGUUUGGAUUUCAAGAUGCAGUGAAUAAAGUAUUAAGGAAUCAUUUAAUCAAACCUCAUUGGAUGUUUGCAAUGGAUAAUAUAAUACGCCAUGCAGUUCAAGCAGCCAUUACUAUUCUUAUUCCUGAGCUUCGAACUCAUUUUGAACCAGCAUCAGAAACUGAAGUAGAUAAAGAGGCAAAUGAAAUUGAGGAAGAUUAUCAGCAAGGAAGACCAGAGGAAUCAGUUACUGCUGAAGGGUGCACACUUACUUCUUCUCAGUCCUCAGACACUGAAGAGAAACUUAACUUGCAAUUAAAUAAAUUAAAGCAGCGAACAAACAGGUUAUUGGAAAACCUAAUACAGAGGGAAAGGGAAUACCAGACACUCCUUCAGCAAACAUUACAACAAAAAAAUCAAGAUUUGCAACUUCUUCAGCUCCAGUUAAAUACUAGGGAAAUUCAACCGUUGUCACCUGCUCUUCAGCACAACAUUGAUGAAGAACUUACUAAAUGGUUAAAACAACAAAGAGCUGAUUCAGAUGCAAUUGACAGGUUUGUUCAAGAGGACUAUACACUCAGUGAUGUUCUGAACAGUAUCACAAAGGAGGAUUUGCAACUGCUCAGACUCCGUGGUGGACUUGUCUGUCGCAUCUGGAAUGCAAUAUUAAAACACAGAAAGCAAAAUGCAGUCUUGGGAAUGGAGGAUUAGCAUUUUACUUUUGCCAGAUGCUAAUGGACUGUAAGAAAAAAAAUACAUUCCAAAUAAGUUUUAUAUACAGAUUGCCUUGCAUGUUUUGCACAAUUAAAAGCUCUGUUUAUAAAUAUUAAAUGAUAUUACAAA